AUGUUACUUAAUAAGUACAAUACUUAUCAAUUGCUGUUUUCUAUUGCUGAAGAUAUAUCAUUGGAUGCUGGCAUUGAUGAAGUUAAUGAGAAAGAUGCGCUUAUUAAAGAAAAAGACAUACUUUCUGCUGAAGAAAGUUCUUUGUCUCAUAUAUCUUCUUCAGAUGAUUAUCCAUUUUUAUCCCCCGAGUGUAAUAAUAUGCAAAAUUUAAAAUAG